CACAUGUAUGAUUGUAGUCAAUGUUUUAUUGGCUUUGAAAUUAACGACACAUUAAUAAAAAAAAAGUGAUUGAAUUUGUUUUACACAUAAAAGCAUUGAUUGACUGAUUGAUUGACACAACACUAUACUGUUUGGCAUACAUUGUAUUGCCAUACGAUUGGACACAAUAACUAUCACCACAAAUACAUACAUCACUCAAGACAUUACACACGAAGACCCUUAUCGACAGAUACGACAACAACAAGAAUGUCUUGUUGUGAGUGUUUAAAGAAAUCGUGUGACAAUUUGUUGUGUCAGAUAUCACCGGAACUGAUCGACUGUAAGUACAGUAAAGACAAGUGUUUGCAAUACAACUAUUGUCGUCACACAAGUCUGGUUGCCGUCAAAGAUAUAUUCACAGAGUUUAUCGACAAUUAUGACUAUAAUAGUGAAGAUAUUCAGUUAGAGUUACGCGAUGUCUCCAAUUAUGACAAUAAAUGGUAUAAUAAAUACCACUUCUUUGAUUUUAGUCGAUAUACUCACAAACAUAAACUGGAAAUCAGAGCAACUUUGGUGACUAUUAGUGUAUCGUUGGUCACAACACAGCCAUCGGCUAAACUGAUUAAGUAUAGAAUAUAUCCGUUAAAGACACCGACAAUUGGACAGUUGAAACAAAUGUUGGCCAUUGAGUACAUGUUUGCCGCCGAAUCGGUUUCAUUGUAUUUGUCCGAUACUGACCAACAUCUUAGUAAUCGUCAACUCAGUGAUGAUAUGGCCGUCAAAAAUGCCUGGUUUUACCCACACUUUAAUCGCAGUGUAAUCAAUGUUAUACCAAAUGGUAUCUUCAACUUUGUUAACAACUCUAUCAGUCAAUCAAAUGAUCUUAUUCUCUCAAAGUUGACAACUCUGUCGAUGACUAAUGAAAAAUUGUUGGCAAACCAUACAAAACUGAUUACUGAUUCACUUAUCACUGCAAUCAACGCCAAUAAUGAUAUAAUUAUCGCUAAACAGACAAAGACUAUCAAUGAAUGCUAUGAAAAAAAUAUCAAAAACAUUAUCGAUUCAGUGAUUAAUGCAAACAAAAAUAUUGAUGAUAUAAUGGCCAUUAAGAUGAUUGAAUUGUCAACACAAUUGUCGGAUAAUAUGAAAAAGUGUUUUGAAAAUCAAACCAAAACCAUCAUUGAAUACAAAGAUAACAAUGAUCUAAUCAAUUCAGAACUGAUAGACUGUUUAAAGGGUUUUUUAAUAAACCAAACAAAAGUUAUUACUAAUUAUUUGACCGAUAUUUUAGUCGAUUCAGAAACUGAUACACAAAACUGUGACAAACAAUCAGUUGGCCAACUCGUUGAUCAUAAAGACAAUAACAACAAAACAACUGUCACUAAAUCUGUGUUCAAAUCAACGAAUUCAGUUGUUACAAAUGAUACAAAUGCUUGUUUUCUCAGUCAAAUGACACAAAUUGUGAAUGAAAAAGACAGAUUGAUUGACCAAUUGAUGAAAAUGAAGACAAUAAUCGACGAAAAGGAUAACUUAAUUAAGUCUUUGACCGAAGAGAUUAGCGGUAAAUUAAAAACUUAA